AUGUCCCUCCUCCGCCCCCUCGCCCGCGCGGCCCUCCGCCCCGCUACCACCCCCCUUAGAGCUUUCUCUACCACCACGACCCGGUUCAUCAAGCCGGGCCAGCCCCUCCCCGACGUCGGCGCCAUCCUCCACGAGUCCUCCCCCGGCAACAAGGUCAACCUCGCCGAUGAAGCCUCCAAGCUCAACAAGAUGAUCCUCAUCGGUGUCCCCGCCGCGUUCUCGCCAGCCUGCUCAGCGACGCAUGUGCCUGGGUUUCUGGCCCACCCCAAGGCGGAGGAGUAUGACCAGGUGGCGGUGGUGAGCGUGAAUGAUGUUUUUGUGAUGAAGGCUUGGGGGGAUGUGUUGAAUCCCGAGGGGAGGGAGAACGUGCGCUUCCUGGCUGAUCCGUCUGGCGAGUUCACCAAGGCGCUUGAUAUGUUGUGGGAUGGAAAGGCUAUUUUUGGGAAUGAGCGGUCGAAGAGGUUUACGAUUAUUGUUGAGGGCGGGAAGGUGAAGAGUGUGGCUGUUGAGCCGGAUAACACGGGUACCAGUGUUAGUUUGGCGGAGAAUGUGUUGGGUAAGGCUUGAGCUGUUCCCAAAUGAAGUUCUCCGGGGUGUCAUAUGAUAGACAGAUGUUGUUUGUAUGCCGCGGAAUAAGAGAUGAGGUGCUCAAAAGCCUUGAUUUUACCACAUUUUGCAAGAAAAGAAAAUGAUAACCAAAAGGCCUGCUAUUUUUUGAUCCUAACAAAAGACAAGCCAAAACCAUGCC